AUGCCCUCGAAAGGCUCGUCAGAUUUGCUGGCCGGCAAAACCAUUCUCGUGUCCGGUGGUGGCAUAGCUGGACUGACGUUCGCUGUUGCGAUCGCGAAAUUAUUCCCUGAAGAAUCUCUGUCACCAGCAAGGCCUCAAAUCAUCAUAUACGAGCGAGAUAGCUAUGAGGACCGCAUCGGACGGGAAGGCUAUACCCUAUCCUUGAGAACAGACAACAAUCCCGGGGCCGUCCAGGUCUUGGAUUCCCUAGGGCUGUACGAGCUUGUCAGGAGCGUGAGUGUCAACUCUGAAGGCCUUCCUGAAGCAAGGGGCUCUUUCAACCUCUGGGAUCCUCAGUUUCGCCCCUUUUUGCGCUUCGUAAUACAGCCAGUCGGACCCAAAAAACUGGUCGGCAUGAGAAUUCGCCGCAAUGCUUUGCAGCGAGUCCUUGCGGAGGCGGCUAUAGCAUCGGGGGCCCAAAUCCAAUGGGAAACGGCUGUGAUGGGGGCAGAGCCGACCGAAGACGGCCGAGUUCGAGUGAACCUCAGCACUGGCUUGACCACGGUGGGUGACAUUCUCCUGGCCGCUGAUGGGUCUCGAAGCAAGUUGCGAUCGCUGUUGAGACCAAACGACGGCCUCAACUAUGCUGGCGUUUAUCUCUGGUCCGGCAUCGCCAAGUUUGCCAGUCACGAUGACAUCCCGAAGCCCCUGGAUCGUGAUUGGGGCGGUGUGUUGGGUGCAAAGGGAGUUGGGCUUUUUGUCUCUCCCGUAGACGACAAAUCCGCGCUCUGGGCCUUCAGUCGUCCGAGUCCCGUGAUGAAGGAGUCAUUGAAAUACCCCAUUCCUCAAGAGCGCCUCGACGAAUUGCUGGAAGAAUCAAUGGAGCUGGCAGCAAACUUUGCUCCUCUGGUGAAGAGUCUCAUUUCCGCGACGGAUCCAAGCACGAUCAUGCAGUUCAAUGCAAUGGAUCGACCCCCUUUCCCACACCAGUCAGUGGGGCAUGCGCCCGUGAUAUGGAUCGGAGACGCAAACCACGCAGUUAGUCCUUUCGCAGGCAACGGUGCCAAUAUGGCAAUAAUGGAUGCCUGGGACCUCGCAAACUCACUCAACAAAGCUUCCACCCUCGAAGAAGCCGUCACGGCCUAUGACAAAGUGGCCGUGCCUCGAGCCAGCAGGGUUUUGAAAUCCUCGCAUUGGGCCAUUGACUGUUUGCAUGCGACAGGAGUCAAGUUGCUCAUUUACAAGGUCAUGCUUCUUGUGCUGGGAUUCCUAACGCGGAGCGGCCGGAGUCGUGACUGA